CGCUAUAUUGUGACGAGUACAAGGGCAAGUAGUAAGAGUUGGAGCUGCGUUGGUUCGGCAUUUCGUUAGUUUCGAUGCUGCUGAACCUAUCGCGGUUGCUUUGAGUGAUUUCCAGUUCGCGACAAAUGAAUCUGUGGUGACAAACAAUGAGCGUACUCACAUUGCAGAUCGGUCAGUGUGGCAAUCAGCUAGGUUUCGAAUUUUUUAAUGCCUUGGCGCAAGACAUAGGUGUUGGGGAACCUGAGACGCGCCGUGACAACGAGUACUACAGCCUGUCAGCAGAGAGAUUUUUUGCUGUUGACCCCCAAGGCGGUCUACUUGCCAGUACCGUCCUGGUUGACACGGAAAGAAAGGCCGUUGGCAGGGUGUUGAAGGAAGCCUGUUACAGCAACAAGUGGCACUACGCCAGUGGUGCAGCUUACACUAGUGCACAAGGCGCUGGUAACAACUGGGCUCUGGGUUAUUUUGAACAUGCUGAAAAAGGCCUGGAUGAAAUCUGCAAUCUUGUGAGGUGCCAUGCUGAACAACGUGACUGGUUGGAUGGCUUCCUACCCAUAUUUUCUCUCGGUGGAGGGACAGGCAGUGGUUUGGGAACCAAGCUCACUGAGACCCUAAGGGACAACUACCCAAACACUCCCGUCAUAGCAGCAGUGGUGUGGCCAUUCAAGUCUGGAGAAGUGUCAGUGCAGGCAUACAAUGUGCUGCUGUCUCUAGCACAUUUGCAAGAUUCUGCAGAUGCGCUCCUUGUGUUAAGCAAUGAUGCUCUGCACCGGGUGGUCACCCAGAGGUGGGCACUGCGUAGCGCCUCUCUGGUCGAGAUGAAUGCACUGGCUGCCAGACACCUGACUUGCCUGCUGCAGCCCAGCCGAGACUUGCAUGGACUGCACACCUGUCUUGGCGAUGUUGCCUCUGAGCUCGGAUGCCAUGGGUCCCUGAAGCAGGUGGGCCUGCUUCAGGUGCCACAGGAGCCACCUGCGCUGGCUGCCUUCAGCUGCAGCUCCUGGCAGGGCCUUGUGCGGGCCCUUGGCAAGAUGCAGCGCUGCCACAGUGCCACUGAUGAAGCCAUGGGCACUGAGAAGAGGCCUCCUACCUGUGUUGCCUCCCUGGCUGUUGCACGAGGCGAAGGGCUGUCGGCCCUCAAUACCACUGACCUCGCCUGCCGCCAUGCGCCUUUUGUGGAGGCGGGUCGUGAGCUCAGUGUGUGGACAAAUCCUCACAAAUUUUUGGGCUCUACUCGUACCUUGUUGCUUGCUAGCAACAGUGAUGCCUGUGUCCCUCACUUGGACUCGUUAGUAAGCCGAGCAUGGUGCCGAUUCACUGAGGCUGCCUACCUUCAUCACUACACGCGCCAUGGACUGCAGGCUGAGGACAUGGCUGAUGCUUUUGUGCGUGUUGAACAAGCUAUUGCUAGCUACAAACAACUGUCUAGAUAAUAAUGUUGAAAGCUGGGCCAAUUGGUACGUGAUUGAAGGUGAAACACCAGCAAAACUGCAAUACGCAUAAGCAAGAAGACAACGCAACAAGACUGGAACUAGCAACUGAACUUUUAUUAUGGGAAAUAAGUACUAUGUAACCUCCAGCACUGCUCCGGGCAUGCACAAGAACUAUCACAAGGCUAUCACAAUGAAUUAUAUUUCUUUUAUGGUAGCAUAUCAGGUGAUUUGUUUCUAGACUAGCUUUUUCUGGUGGUCUUGUGAUGGUUUCCGUGCAUGUUCCCGAGGGCUGCCAAAGGUUAUUUAUUUGUUAUUUCCCACCAUAAAAAUUUGGUUGUUAGUUCUAGCCUCAUCCCAUCUUCCUUGUGUACGUUGUUUUUCAAGGGUUUUUCACCUUCAACUGUCUAAGCAGCAUGAAAGAAUGUGCUCAUGCACUCUAGUCAAAUGUUCACUUGCUUUUUUAUGGAUGCAGUCCACCCAAUUUAUAUCAAACUCAGGUAUUUUCAGUAAUUCUUUGUAUUCAGCAGGGGAUGUACCCCUUCAAUAUACUGUGUAAAAAUGUAUUAAAUAUUCAAUGUAUAGAUUGA